GCCCAGCCCAGCCAUGGAGGAGCCCGAGCCCGCGGGGGCCCCGCAGCCCGGGCUGCGCUCGCUGCUGCCGCCGCGGGAGUUCCUGGGCUCCCGCAAAGGGCAGCUGCUCCUCGCGGAGUCGGUGCUGUCAUUUAUCAUCUUUAUCUGCUAUAUUGCAUCUCUAGCAGCUUCUUUCAUGAUGGCCCCACUCCUAGAGUUUCUGCUGGCACUGUUUCUUUUUUAUGCCUACGCCUCCAAGCUUAAUGAGAAGUUUAAAGGACUCUACUGGCCUUUGACGGAUUUCUUGCGCUGUGUCACUGCUGCCAUUAUUUACUUUGCCAUUUCCAUUGCUGCUGUCUCCAAGUACAGUGAUGGAGCAUCUAAAGCAGCAGGGGUGUUUGGGUUUGUGGCCACCAUCGUGUUUGCCAUUGAUUUCUACAUCACCUUCAAUGACCUGGUCAGCUUCCUCAAGCAGGGCAGCUCCGAUCCCCCCGAGGGGCACAAGUCAGAAGAUGAGAACUCUGACUCUGACUCAGACUGAAGAACCAAACACCAACCAAGCGUGAAGGGAAGAUGAUCAAGCACUUUCCUCUGCUGAAUGCACUGCCAAGUGAAAUAUCUCCCUUAUUGCAGCCUCCGGAUCCUCUUUCCACCUCACUGUUCGUGGAAUCACCAAGGCAUGGACAGGGCAGUGAUGUGGAAAAGGAGACUAUUCCCAAAGCCAUUAGAGACUCUGUCAGAACUAGAGAUUCUGCAGUAGCUCAGCCUUUCACAGAAGAGUGUGUCCAAACACAGCUCAGUUCUCCUUUGCCCCUCCUUCCUCAGCCCUACAAUGUCCUGAGUAAAUGGGAGCAGCAUUUUAAACAUGUAAUCAGAGCUUUUAACCUGCUUUCUUACUUCCAAAUCCUUAACACUUACAGCUCUUGUACUUCUUGACGUGCCAAAGAAGAGAGGUUUGAAUGCCUCUAUUUGUAUUUUUCUUUUUAACUAACAGUAUUUCUUUCUCUGAAGUCUGAGUAUUCCACUCAGAAGCACUGAAGGCCUGGAUAACUUGGUUUCAGUACAUUUAUAUCUGCUGCCUAUCUGUGACCAGAAGUGACAACUGGAAAUCUGCAGCAAGAGCAAACCUCAGUCUGACUGCUGCAGGCAGCUGGCUCAUCAAACAUUCACAAUCACUCUUUUUAAGCUGCUUGGGUGGAGUCACAUCCCAUCUGCUGCCGUUUCACCAAUGACAGAAGGCAGGACAGGGGAGCCAGCCUCUUCCCAGCCCCUUUCCUGCUGGCUGUGUUUGCACAGCCAGGGAAGGCAGCCUUGCCAACCCACCAGGAUCUGCCCAGUGGAGCCUGCAGGUGUCUGUGCACAGGACACCACAGGACAGCACUGCCUGCUCCGUGCUGGGGGCUGCUGCUCCCCCGACACCAGCACUGCACUUGGGCCAUGGCUUUGCAAAACAGGGAACUGGUUCUGCCACACUUGGGAAACCUGAGCCCCAGGAGGGCAGGGCAUCCCCCUUCUGUGAGAAGGCAAAGAAACCAAGCCCCAAACUACAGAAAGUCUGCAAUGAGUUCAUUUUCCCAGACCCCUUUCCUCAGUGGGAAGUGGGGGGGUUGGAUUGGGCUUUUUCCUCUGGAAGGUCAGGAUUUAUUGUGGUGCUGUAAUCCAGGGAAAAAGCCUUCUGAAUUCACAAAGUAUUUUCACAAGUAGCACAGCUUACCUUGAAAUGUUUGUAUCCACCUACAGACACAUGGUGCUUGGGAAGAGCAUGGCAUCUCCUUACAGAUGGCAGCAGACAGCUCUGUGUCAAAGAAAUCUGUAUAUAUUUUUAAAAAAUUAAUAUAGUACCAGAACAGGUGGCCUUUACAAAAACUAAAAUGAGAGCAGGUGGUACUAACGGAGUAAAUGAAAAGCAGGGAUCAAACAAUGACGGCAGAUUUCCUCUGGAAUAAAAUCACCACUUGGAUUCCAGUUCCCUGGCAGCAGCUGGCUGCUGCCAGCAGCACACGGGACCUCACAGGGAGCAGGGGCUUGGGAAGGUGCUGGUCAAAUUGGAGUUGUCCUCAGGCAGCUCCUCCAUCUCCUGUUUCCUGACCACUGAGAAUAAAAGCAAAACAAGUGGUUAAUUCUAAAUGUGACAAAUCACCUCUACUUUUAUAAGAAAGACAUCUCUGGACCUUUUCCUGUAUGAAAUCCUGUGUUUCUUUCUCUUGUUGUCAUAUUUUACUGGCACACACUGUGACAUCAGGGGACCUGGGCUCGUUUUUAUACUCAUUUUGUAUUUCUCUUUUUUUUUAAUUAAAACAAAAUGUACUGCAUGUCACAUCUGGAAACUAGUACAUGGUUAAUAUUUAGAAACCACCCUGGAUUAAACCUCUUUUCAUAGAA